AUGUACAAUAGACCCAGAGCAAGCGUGUGCGAUAUGUGACAAGAACAUUUACGGGUGAAUGUCUAACAGCAAAACUACGCUGUAAUGUUACUUUUAUAUUAAACAUAACAAGGUAAAAUUUCUCAUCCUUAGCAUAACAUCAGAGUUUUGAGGAUGCCAGCAGGCGUAUCUUGGCCCAGAUAUCUGCGGAUGUUUGCAGCCAGUGUGUUGUCCAUGUUUGCUGGAGCACAGGUUGUGCAUCACUAUUACCGUCCAGAUCUAUCCAUUCCAGAGAUUCCACCAAAGCCUGGAGAACUGCGAACAGAACUUCUCGGCUUGAAAGAAAGACAGAUGGACUCUCAGAAACAAUGACCAUUUGAUUUUUUUUUUGUCACAUCGACUGCAGAUGAUGUAUAGACUAUGAAAUCUUGAUUUUGUCAUUAAAUAAAUAAUUUAAAACUUUAUAUCACAAAAUUCUGAUGCCAACUGCAAGUUCUUUAAAUUAUAAACUUUUGAAAUGUUGUCUUUUUUUCUCCACUUUGCAAGUCUGUAUCUUGCAAUUCAGGGAGAUAAAUCUAAAUUGCAUUCUGUAUACUCAGAAUUAUGAG